UUUUUUUUUUUUUUUUUUUUUUUUCCUUUUUUUUCCUCAGCCUGUCGGAUUGACAUGCCGCCUCCCGAUCCAGAACCGUCCAAUAUUUCAGCGGCCGGUUCGAGAGGGAGAAGACGUUUGCACCAUGCCUGUCUCAACUGCAGGCGGAAAAAGACACGAUGUCCCGGUGAAAAGCCAGCAUGUUCCAGCUGCGUACGUUUGUCGCAGUCAUGUACAUACCCGGUUUUGAGAAACUCCCAGAGUGGGAAAUCAGACGAGAGGUUACAGAACCUGGAGGACAAGCUGGAUCUCCUACUCAAUGGGGCGAGCCUACCGAGCAGCCACCACCCAGCGCGUCCCCCUAGGCAUCAAGAGCAGCAGCAGCAACAACAACAACAACAGCAGCAACGGGAGGAUUCCUUGAGUAAUCCAUCAGAGAGGUCAUACUCGGCCACACCACCGGCACGCAGUAGCAGACCAAAGGGUAAUGAAGGUCAAGCAAUGAGACGGAGUACGGCCGACAAUGGCAGUGCCGCUGGAUCAUCGGUGGGGUUCCAUCCCGAAGAUGUCGCCACUGCCAUGGAGCUCUACUUCAAGUACUGCCACCGCCAGCCCAUUUGGUGCUUCGAGCGUGACGAGAUUGGUGACCCUGAGACGUUGCCCGAGGAGCUAACCAGCAGCAUCAUGGCAUUGACGGCGCGCUUCUCUCGCCGGAGGGUCAACACGCAGCUUUAUAGCAGCAAUGCCAAGACGCUCAUAAUGUUGCGCAUAGCCAAUGGCACGGUGGACCUGUUCACAAUAGAGAGCCUGUGCAUUCUUGCAUAUGCCGCCUUCAUCGACGGCAACAUCCACCUUGGCCAAUUCCAUCUCGGACUCUCCCUACAGUUGUGCCGCUCCGCCAUGAUAGACAUGGAACCCCUAUAUUUGCCCGAAGGCCACGGUACAAACCGGAAAAGACGUCUAUUUUGGAGCCUACAGCUGCUAGAACAGUCGUAUGGUCGGCAGGAUGCCCAGCUCAGCAACCCCAACGAUAAACUUCGGGAAUCGGAACAGAACCACGGUUCCACGGCAUCAUCAGCGGUGGCAGCAACCCUAGAUCGGGCCCCAUCCCUCCCAAAAGACGAACUCGGCACGUCAAACCUUAGCGAGCCCGGAAUCUGGAACACUAGCUUGUGUCUCAGCUGGGUGUGGAGCCAGGUGAGACGGUACGUGGCCGACUGCGCACGCGAUGGGGUGGUCAAGGAGCCAUGGCGGCACGACUCGCCUUACGCCAAGGUACUGUCCGACUUUAUGGAGACCGAGAACCGGAUCCCCAUGUGCCACCGGUAUGAUUCGGUGCGCUUCUUUGAGCGCGACGAGGACGAGAUCAAACAGAACCGCGACUACUGGGCCUGCUGGCUCAAGGAGCAGAUGGUCUACCACGCCAUCGUCACCGUGCUCAACCACCCGUUCCUGUAUAUCGUCGGCGCCCAGCACAAUCCGAACCUGGGCAUCCCAAACACCUUUUGGAGGAGGUCCAGCGAACAGGCGCUCUUGCAUGCCACCUGGCUCGUCAGAAUGAUCGACAUGGUUGUCGAUAAGCAGUUUGCCUUGGUGGAGCCUAUAAUUGGCCAUAUAGCUGCAAUCGCCGCGACAGUGCACCUGUACUACAGCUGCGCGGCCGCAGCCAAACUUAAGCACAAGUCCAACACGGACUUUGCCAAGUGUCGCAAGUUCCUCAAGAGCUUCAUCCCUUACUCUGCUGCAUGUGGGGCGCUGGACCGUAACCUUGACAAAAUGGCCCUCAUCGCGGCGGGCGCCGAGGCAGAGAGCAUCGAUGUCGACGACUGGAUGCCCUCCAAAAUGUACCUCAGCGUGCCUCUCAUGUGGGAAAUAUUGCAGUUCUCGUCUUCAUCCUCGCAACUCGGCGCCGACCGAGGAGGCGGCAGCGGCCUGCUCGACGCCUCCCUAGCCCCCGUCAUCCCGCCUCUCGACAUGUCCGAGUCGUCGACGCUCGAGAUCAUCGUAGCGACGUCUCCAGAGAUCACCAUCAACAUCGCCGACGGCGGGCAGGAAGCCCCGACCCGGCCGCAGCGCGUCAUGCACCGGGGAGGAGGCGGGGUCGUCGGGUCUGGGGGAGGAGGAAGCGGCGGUGGCGGUGCCGUUACCGCUGCUGCUGCCACUGCUGCCGCUACCACCAACGGUGGGAACCAUAAUCCUCAUAAUCAUCACCACCACCACCAGAACAGCAAUAACAAUAACAGCGGCGGUCACAGCAUGAUGGACCAGCAGCAGCAGGCAGACAGUCUGACGUUUUACACGACGCCGUGGCUCUACGCCGACCCGGCGCUGCUGGUGGGGAUUGGGGAUUUAAAUCUGCCGCAGGAGGAGACUGGUAACGCGUGGUGGGAAGGGGAGAAUUUGAAUAAUAUCAUGUUUAAUUGAGAGCUGUCGGGGUUGGAGUAGUGGAGGCACUGCUGGUACGUACAACUCUGUCCAGGCGUAUCUGUAUUAUCCAAUCAAAGCGAAUAUUGUCUACAGGCUAUGAAAUUUUUGAGGUUAAGAACAUGGAAAAGUCUUAAAUGGCAAGAGGUUAUUUGGUAUUGAGAUGGAUUGCUCCUUGUGACACUGGGCCCGAUUGUUCUUCCAGCAGAUACAUAUCGCUCUCGCCGACCGCUCUGCGCUACACAGCUAUGUAUAUACGUGACUAUCAAGUAUACAUCAGCUUGA